CCCGAGACCUCUCAAAAAAUAAAAAACGCGCGAGAUCAAAGUUUUCCUCUAGAUUUAAUUAUAAUUCUUCUCUAAUGGCCGCUGCCGCUGCGAUUCCCGGUUCAAUCUCUUCGCGUUCGCUCGUCUCCUGCGAUCCCAAAGCGGCCCUGAUUGGGUCCGUCAGGCAUCUGGAGGCGUCGAUCGUACCGUCGACGGCCGCUAAUCCUUCCCGGAGGCGAUGGGUGGUGAAGCUGCUCCAUGCGGUGGAGCCCGCCAAGAGGAACGAUUCCGUGGCGCCUCUGGCGGCGGCGGCGGCGUCGAUGGCGGAGGCGCUGGUGGAGGAGAAGGGAAGGGAGAGGGAGGAGGAGGAGGAAGAGGAGGUGGAUUACGAUCAGCUAGCGCGAGAGCUCGAGAACGCUUCUCCUCUCGAGAUCAUGGACAAGGCCCUUGAGAAAUUUGGGAACGACAUCGCCAUCGCCUUCAGUGGAGCGGAGGAUGUUGCAUUGAUAGAGUAUGCUCGGUUGACUGGUCGACCUUUCAGAGUCUUCAGCUUGGAUACUGGAAGGCUGAACCCAGAGACAUACAGGUUCUUUGAUGCUGUCGAGAAGCAUUAUGACAUUCACAUUGAAUACAUGUUCCCAGAUGCAGUGGAAGUGCAGGCCUUUGUGAGGAGCAAGGGUCUGUUCUCGUUCUACGAGGAUGGGCACCAGGAGUGCUGCAGAGUGAGGAAAGUGAGACCAUUGAGGAGGGCGCUCAAGGGCCUUAGGGCGUGGAUCACUGGACAGAGGAAGGAUCAAUCCCCCGGCACCAGAGCUCAUAUCCCAGUUGUUCAGGUAGAUCCUUCAUUUGAAGGGCUGGAUGGUGGAAUUGGUAGCUUGAUAAAGUGGAAUCCAGUUGCCUGUGUAGAAGGCAAUGACAUAUGGAAUUUCCUCAGGACCAUGGAUGUUCCUGUGAACUCCUUGCAUUCACAGGGGUAUGUGUCGAUUGGUUGCGAACCCUGCACCCGACCUGUCUUGCCUGGUCAGCAUGAGAGAGAAGGAAGAUGGUGGUGGGAGGAUGCAAAGGCCAAGGAGUGCGGACUCCACAAGGGUAACAUCGCACAGGAAGAGGCACAGAAGUUAGGCAGUAAUGGAAAUGGGGCUGCAACCAUCAACAAAUCGGACAUCUUUGAGACCCAAGCCAUUGUUAACCUUAGCAGGCCAGGAAUAGAAAACUUGCUGAGGCUGGAGAACCGCAGGGAGCCUUGGCUGGUUGUUCUCUAUGCUCCUUGGUGCCGCUUUUGCCAGGGAAUGGAAGCUUCCUAUGUAGAGUUGGCUGAGAAGCUCUCUGGUACAGGCAUCAAGGUUGGGAAGUUCCGGGCUGAUGGAGACCAGAAACCAUUUGCUCAACAAGAACUUCAAUUGAGAAGCUUCCCCACAAUUCUGUUCUUCCCCGAGCACGCAUCCAGGCCCAUCAAGUAUCCUUCUGAAAGACGGGACGUUGAUUCACUCCUUGCAUUUAUCAAUGCUCUUUGGUGAUGUGGAACUUGGACUGGGGUUGUUUCCUGGCAUAAUUUUUCACUCCUAAUUGGCCGCCAAGUUUGAUGAUUGCAGAGAAGUAUAAAAUGGAGGAUUCACAGAUGUAGUGGGAUUUGUUAUCGUAUGUUGUGAAGAGAGUUAAUGGUCUCCACAAGUGAGUUUUUUUAGGGAGAUUCCUCUGCCCAUUAGUAUUUGGAGGUGAUUAGACGAAGGGAUGCUUGAAUUAGUGUAUUUUUCAUAUCCUUCAUUAUAUAAUCUUUGUAGGAUGGGGGUGGAUUCCCCUGCCACUCCUUUGUAGCAAAAAUGUUCACAUUUUAUGGUCCUUCUUGAGCAUUUGAAAAGUGUUUAUAGCUUUGGCAUAAA